AAGUAAAGCUACGUCAAAACCAAAGUUUACAUAUGUAUUCUACUAGUUUGAGUGUAAUGAAUCAAUGAGCUACGAGAACCCCAAGGCUAUGAUGAUCGAACUAUAUCAUUAAGUUCCAUUAAACUGAGUGUGCCGUUAGCUGAAUUAGAGUAUUAAGAUUGUUAACAAYAGGCCGCAARAUUUAGCCAGUUCCAGCAGUUCUCCGGCAGCAUUAGGGUCAAGAUUUAGCUGUGAAAAAUAGCAGUUUAUUUUUAUUGACACUAAUUAACCACGAUUUGAUCUCGAAAUUAGUUUAUGAAAACUAAAAAAAACUGUGAAUCGUAAUUUUUUUUUUAAUUUGAAAAACCAUCACCUUCCGUCAUGCAACGCGGUCGUUGGCUCGAUUUACUUUCCCAAGAAUCAGUCAGUUUCAGAUACUUCUUCAUGUAAUGCUCGGUCUUGAUUGGCUAAUUUCUAACAAAAUUAUUUUGGAUACUCUGUAUGCAGCUAUAACACCUAAGGCCUUGUGUCCAUAUAAUAAGUUUCCUCAUGGGUUUCAACAACAAUGGCAAAACCCGUAAAGCGGCGAUUCGCGGGGCGAUAAUAGAGACACUAGGCUGAGCAUAAAGUGAUAAACAUCAGUGUCUUUGUGUCACUGUAUACACAAAUUAUUGUUAUGCUAAAUCGAAGACUGGUCGACGCGGUUAAUUUCCUGGUGAAAAAAAAGUUGAAAAGAAAACAGAACAACGAUGUUGACUUUGAAAAUCUUUUGUCAAGGUUUCUAUAGCUUGACAUUCAUCAAAAACUACUUCGAACGUUCGUCUACAAACACUUUGCCAAGCAAACAUGUUGCAUUUCAWUUCUUCAGUGAAACAAGUAUGGAAAAAGGGAAUUUUCAUUUCAUUUCAUUUUCAUAAAUUAGACUUUAACCAGUACAAUUGGGAUGGAAAUUGGCAAUAUUACGCCGGAUACGAUAUAGAAAUUAUAAAUAAUCGAACUGCAAUUUUCUAUGAUUGUUUUACCAAUGACAAAGGUGCGAUAGUUAUAAUACUAUUUGAUAAAUGAUUCACAUCCAAAAAUAAAUUACAGCCAUUAAGGGAGUUUUAACACAAAAAUAGUACAACAAUCAGUAYGUUUUAGCUCUAAGGAAAGAAUACAUAAAGAAAAUUAAUGCGACGAUUCUAAACAUCUUAUCAUUGCGUAUUACUUUUAUUAACUUAAAUGAUUCUUUAUUCAGAAAUGGCAGUAASAAUAGUUCUACUAAAGUUUCUGGCUUUGUAUGCAUAUAUCGUUGCGUUUGGCGCGAUAAUGGUCGCGGUCGAGAAUGGUGACAAUGAUGAACAAGAAGAUCAAACCGAGUUGCCAAAAGAGCUUCAAGGAAUGUGGGAAAUGCUAAACGCAAAGUACAACUUGACAAAAGAUGAGUUUUUGAACGUCACAAAAGUCGCAUACAAAGUUCAAAGUCCAGGAAAGCGGCGUUUAUGGAAUUUUAGCGAUGGUACACAUUUUGCCAUAUCUGUCUGCACAACCAUAGGUUAUGGGAUGCUCACGCCAACAACAACCAAUGGAAGGCUACUAUGCAUUUUGGGUGGCUUUUUGGGAAUACCGCUGACCUUGCUUACACUGAAUCUCGUGGGCUCAACAAUGAAAGAAGGUUUUCAAAAUUUAAUACGGUGGAUCGAAGGAAAGUUUCUAAAACGAUCGUCGGUUAAAAACGUCAGAUUAAAAUGCUUUUUGUGUACUCUUGCGGCCAUGGUAUUGACAUUCGCUUUAGGAGCAUUUWUUGUGGUGCGUGYGACAUCCUGGUCAUACUUCGAAGCUCUUUAUUUUCUUUUCAUAUCGUUUUCAACUAUUGGUUUUGGAGACUACGUUGUACACCAAGAUGGAAAGAUUCACAAUAUCAGUGAAAUAAUGCAAAUCCUUCUUAAGACGUUUUCUUUAGUUUACAUGAUAUUUGGACUUGCUGUGUUAGCUUCCGUGAUUAAUUCUGCGAUGGAAGURACGCAAUACAUUAAGUGUGACCCAAACAUGUCUGUUGAAGACGUCGAGGUGUCACGCAAUACUCAAACAGAAGUGAUACCGAUGGACAGGCAACGAGUUACAGUAGCGUGACACACUACGCAAUAAAAGUAACGCAAUCUAACAAGUUGAUUGAAUCUAUCGGGGAGUAGCCGAGUGCGCUUGCAAAUCGCAGAUUCUAUAAGUCAUAGUUUCCUCUCCUAUUCGACUCAGUUAUUCGGUCUUAAAGCGAAUUGAGACCGACAGUUUGUCUGAUAGUUGCAGAGUUUACAGAAGACGGAAAAAUCACUUAUAAGGAUCUGAUGAUUUAAUGGUACACAACACAUAAACCCAAGGUUGCUUCUGUAGAGCACAUGACCACACUCGAUAAUUUCUUAUCUUCAGAAGCGUUUCUCAUGAAUGUAACAAUGAAUGAACAUUCAGAUUAUUAUAAAUAUUUCAAUUCCAUAAACGAGUGUCGAAAUUAUUUAUUCAUAAAUAAGAAAUAAAGCACUGAAAGAAU